CAUCGUCGACGUCCCUCGAUCGAGCAAGAGUAGCUACCCCGAGCAGAGGAAGAUGGCCAAGCUUGCCCUUCUCGCCGUGCUGGUCGUGCUCGGUUCCGUGGCCUGCCAAGCAUCCGGCUACGGCUACAGCUAUCCCAACACUCCCAUCAUACCACCGCCCCCACCGGCUACUCCUCCGCCGAGCCCUUCCCCACCUCCACCGGCUACUCCUCCGCCCAGCCCUACCCCUGGCCCUACACCGGGCUAUCCUAGCCCAACUCCCACCACGCCCCCACCGGUUUCUUCUCCGACGAGCCCUACUUCACCUCCACCGGCUACUCUCCCACCGAGCCCUGCUCCUACCCCGGGGUAUCCCACCCCCACUCCCACCACGCCGGCGCCCCCACCGGCUUCCACCCCUGCCCCGCCUCCACCUGCCACUGGGCUCAAGGUCGGCUACUACGACGACAAGUGCCCUGACGCCGAGAAGAUCGUGCUGGACGCUGUGCGCAACGCCACCGCCGGCAUCAAGGCCGGGCUCAUCCGCCUCUUCUUCCAUGACUGCUUUGUCCAGGGUUGCGAUGCCUCUGUCCUGCUGAACAAGGUCGCUGGCAAGCCGGAUCCGGAGAUGCUCGGUAUCCCAAACUUGAGCCUGCGUGGCUUCGAAGUGAUAGACGCGGCCAAGAGGAAGAUCGAGGAAAAAUGUCCGGGUGUCGUCUCCUGCGCCGACAUCGUGGCCUUCGCAGGCCGUGACGCCAGCAAGAUACUCAGCGGCAACAAAAUAAACUUCAGCAUGCCAGCCGGCCGCUACGACGGGUCCGUGUCCCUAAAAGAUGAGACCCUCCCCAACCUGCCACCACCCUUCGCCAACCUCAAUACCCUCACACAAAUGUUCGCCAAGAAGGGACUCACCCAAACCGACAUGGUUGCGCUUUCCGGCGCGCACAGCAUCGGCCGCUCGCAAUGCUCCUCCUUCCGUGACCGUCUCCAGCCGCCGGCCAACGACAACUCCACCAUGUCGAUGGACGCCACGUACGCUGGGAAGCUGACCCAGGACUGUCCCGCCGGCAGUGAUCCCACGGUGCCGCAGGACUACAAGACCCCCGACGUGUUGGACAGCCAGUACUACAGGAACAUGAAGGAUCGCAAAGUGCUCUUCACCUCCGACGCAGCGCUCAUGACGUCACCAAAGACCAAGGAAUUGGUGGAGAAGUACACUUGGUGGUUGAUCGGAGAUUUCUUGUGGUACAGACAUUUCGAGGAUGCCAUGGUGAAGAUGGGCAAUAUCGAGGUGAAGAGCAGCACCAACGGCCAGAUCAGGAAGAAGUGCGGGUUCGUCAACGAGCCCUACACCGGUUGAUCAUCUCUCCAGGGUGGAGACUAUCUAUUCAGUCGUGCUUUUUGGGUGUGCCAUUCCGUCUUCCUUAAUUUCUAGUUUACUUUUCACUAAGGUUUUUUGCUUGUUGGUUCAUUUCCUUCAUUUGUGCUAUAGUCCUUGUUGUGCCACUAGCCAACUACGUAACGGCAAUACUUUUCACUGAGAGUGAGGAAUUGAUUUUUUUCUGUUAAUCAUUAUUUAUCAAUGGCAAUAUAUAUCUUCUCUGCUGUAA